UUGAGAAAUCCCUAGGAGGGGCCCCUCAGUGUCUCCUGGGAGUUCUGAUGGCUCCCGCCUUACGUCAGAGGGGUGAAGUUCCUGGGGCAGGAAGGAUUGGGAAAGGUGAGAGAAACUGAGAAGAGAAGCAACUCUUCUGUUCCUCCUCCUCCUCCUCCUGCAGCUGCAGCCACUUCUCACUCCUACGCCACACUCCCAGUUGGGAAGCCGCAGUUGUGGUCCCGGCUGGAGAUUCCACUCGGGGUGACCUCUCUUGCUGUCCCACUUUGCUUUAUAUUCUGUGUCUCCCCCGGAGGCAGCAGCUUUUCCCUCCUCUGCCCUCGGAUCCUGAUUCCAAUGGCCACAGACUGGCCAGGACGAUCCCGGGCUGUAGCCAACUGCCUGAAAUUCCUGCUGAUCCUCUUGGUCCUGAAUUUUCCCUGUGAAGCCUGUAAUGAUGUAACUUUCUAUGUGCCUACUAAACUAGAAGCUAAUGAAAUUGUUGGCAGAGUUAAUCUGGAAGAUUGCUUGAAGUCUCCAAACCUUAUUCAUUCAAGUGAUACUGACUUUGGAAUUUUAGAAGAUGGUUCAUUAUAUCCAACAAAUACAAUUUUAUUGUCUCCAGGGAAGAGGACUUUUAUCAUAUCUCUUGUGAAUACUCAGGAACAGAAACAGAAGGAUAUAAAUAUUACAUUGGAACAUCAAAAGAAGAAGCUGAACAAAAGAGAACUUAAAGAAACAAUUCUCCGACGUGCCAAGAGGAGAUGGGCUCCUAUUCCAUGUUCAAUGCAAGAGAAUUCUCUAGGCCCUUUCCCCUUGUUUCUUCAACAGGUCCAAUCUGAUUCAGCCCAGAAAUACACUGUUUACUACUCCAUCAGUGGGCCUGGAGUUGACCAAAAACCCCUCAAUUUAUUUUAUAUAGAGAAAGAUACUGGGAAUUUAUUUUGUACUGGUCCUGUAGAUCGUGAAACAUAUGAGGCUUUUGAGUUAGUCGCCUAUGCAUCUACUCCAGAUGGGUAUUAUUCAGAUUCUCCUUUGCCACUUACUAUCAAAAUUGAAGAUGAAAAUGACAACUACCCAAUGUUCACAGAAACAGUUUAUAAUUUUGAGGUUCUUGAAGGCUGUAGAAUUGGCACUACGGUGGGGAAGGUAUCUGCUACAGAUAGAGAUGAACCUGAUACAAUGCAUACUCGCCUGAAGUACUCUAUUAUGGAACAACAGCCACCAUCUCCUAAAUUAUUUUCAGUGCAUCCAGUUUCAGGUGUGAUCACCACAAUAUCAAAUCAGCUGGACAGAGAGGUAGUAGGCAAAUACAAGUUGACAGUGAAAGUACAGGAUAUGGAUGGUCAAUUUUUUGGUUUGAUGAAUACAUCAACUUGUAUUAUUUCAAUAAAAGAUGCAAAUGACCAUGCUCCCACUUUCACAAAGCCUAUGUAUGAAACAUCAGUUGAGGAAAAUACAAUGAAGAUGAAUAUUUUGCGAAUAGCUGUACAAGAUAAGGAUUUGCCUAACACUGCUAAUUGGAGAGCUAAUUAUACCAUUUUAAAAGGCAAUGGAAAUAAAAAUUUUCAGAUUGUGACAGACCCCCAGACCAAUGAAGGCGUUUUAUCUGUUAUUAAGCCACUGAACUAUGAAGAAAAUCACAAGGUGAUACUGGAAAUUGGUGCAACCAAUGAAGCCCCAUUCCUUAGAGAUAUACGGAGCAUGAACACAGCUACAGUAACUGUAAAUGUAAUAGAUCAGGAUGAAGGCCCAGAUUGCAGCCCAGCCGCACAAAGUGUUCGCAUCAAGGAAAAUGUAUCUGUUGGGACAAGAGCCAGUGGGUAUAAAGCACAGGACACAGAAACCAGAAGCAGCAAUGGUAUAAGGUAUAAGAAAUUAAAUGAUCCCAAAGGAUGGGUCACCAUUGAUGAAACUUCAGGGUCAAUAAUAACUUCCAAAAAAAUGGACAGAGAAGCAGAGGUUGUUAAAAAUGGUGUAUACAGCAUUACAGUGCUUGCAACAGACAAAGAUGGUAAAACAUGUACUGGUACCCUUGGAAUUAUCCUUGAAGAUGUGAAUGACAAUGCUCCAGUCAUCCUUGAAGAGAAUAUAGUACUUUGCAAACCAAAGAUGGUACAUACAACAGUCGUUGCUGUUGAUCCUGAUGAUCCCAUAAAUGGGCCUCCGUUUGAUUUCAAAUUAGGACGUGGUUCUCCUGAAAUCCAGAAAAUAUGGACAAUCACCAGACUGAAUGAUACAUCUGCACGUCUUUCAUAUCAGAAUAAUGCUCAAUUUGGAAAAUAUUCCAUUCCUAUCACUGUGAGUGAUAGACACGGAAUGUCAUCAACAAAGAUGUUGCAUGUUAAUCUCUGUGAUUGUAUUCAUCCAGAACAAUGUAAAUUUGAGAAAGCAGUGUAUCCAGACACAAGACUGGGCACAUGGGCCAUCCUUGCAAUAUUAUUGGGUGUAGCAUUACUAUUUUGUGUCUUAUUCACCUUAGUCUGUGGAAUUUGGAGUCCCUCAAAAGUAAAAAAACCUUUUCCUGAUGACAUGGCUCAGCAAAAUUUAAUUAUAUCAAACACAGAAGCUCCUGGAGAUGACAGAGUGUGUUCCACAAAUGGAUUUGCUACACAGAUGCUUAAUGGUAAUGGCCAAAGUUUUUGUGGCACUUUGGGAUCAGGAAUUAAAAAUGGGGGACAGGAAUGCUUUGAAAUGAUGAAAGGACAUCAGACCUUGGAAUCCUGUCGAGGAGGAGGAGGCCAUCACACUCUGGAAUCCUGUCGAGGAGGACAUCACACACUGGAUUCAUGCAGGAGUGGAGGACAUGUUGAAGUUGAUACCUGCAGAUAUACAUACUCUGAGUGGCACAAUUAUACUCAACCACGUCUUGGUGAAAAAUUGCAUCUCUGCAACCAGAAUGAAGACAACACCAAUGCUCAAGACUAUGUUCUUACAUAUAACUAUGAAGGAAGAGGCUCCACAGCUGGUUCUGUAGGGUGUUGCAGUGAGCGCCAUGAAGAAGAAGGGCUUGAAUUUUUAGAUCAGCUGGAACCCAAAUUUGCUACAUUAGCACAAACAUGCAUGAAGAGAUAAAUGUGUUGCUAAUAGUUCUACACUUUUUUCCAAAUAGUUUGGAAGAUUCCAAAAAGUACAAAAAAAAUAAAUUUGAUGACUAUCAUGA